AUGGAUCAUUUAUAUGAAACCUUAGACUAUUACCAUAACAUGCACAACUGUCUAUUAAUAGAUUCAAAGUGUUUAGUGCCGGGUUACAGUAUUACUUGUCGUGUAACAUUCUUGCCCAAUGAACCUCGAUAUUAUGAAGAUUGUAUACGCGUACAUACUGAAGAUCAUGAAAAUCAGUUAAUUAUACCAAUUUAUGCAUAUCCUGUGAUUGGUGAUUUUGAAUUUCCUGAUUUCAUCGAAUUACAACCAACUGCAAUUGGACAAAAGAGAACUCUACACAUUCCAAUCAAAUCUUCAUCAGCUGUUGAUUUUGAGUUUCGAAUUCAAAUAAUUCAAAUGCAUCCAAGUUUCACUAUUCAUCCUGUUAAAGGAGUUCUGCAUGCUGGUCAAAUAACAAAACUACGCAUUGAUUUUCAACCGACUGCUUAUACAACUUGUGAAUUGAAAUUUGAAUUACAUGUGGCACAAGUGAACUUUAAAGCGAAGGUUUGUACAAUUAUUGGGAACGCAGCACCUGGAAUACCUGAAGAUCUGUCGAUAACUUGUAAAGAAGAGAUAAGUCAUCUCAUGGAUCCUCUUGAUACACAGGAUAACUUUAGUCAAGAAUUAAGCGUUAAAAAAUAUCCUUACAAAUUAAUGAAACUUAAGUGUUCAUCCCAGAAAUUACAAAUUUUAAAAAAAAGAAAUAUUAGUGAAAAGUUGCCUGAAAUGACAUGUCCUCAUCAUUUAGUAAAAUUUCUGUUAGGCAGUUAUGAUAAAAUGAAUUCAAGUCAAAGAAGUAAUAAAAUAACCUCAGGUGAAUUAAACAGACAACAAAAGUUAUUAGCUUUUGAAGCAAUGGUACAUCAAAAUUUUAUUGAUGAACAACGUAAUCAAGUUAGAUGGCAAUCGAAAUUAGGUGAAACUCCACUGUUGUUAGAAGAACGACUGAAAAUAUGUCAAAUGCGUGAAUUAGCAUGGAAUAAAUAUUAUGCAACUUGUACACACCCAGAAGUCCUGGAACAGAUAUCAUCACUUUCAUCUGUCGACAUGACAUCAAAUAGAAACAAUCAAUUAUUAUUAUCAUCAUCAGUAUAUGAUUUUCGUCCAUGUCGUCCAGUUGAUCCAUUCAUGAAAUCAAUAGUUAACCAGGGACGAUUAUUAACUGAACCGAAAUUCCAUUUGGUAGAAUUUAGUAAAGCAAAAUGGUUGUAUAGAGUUGAUAUAAUUUCAAAAUUUCGUUCAAUAGUUUCAAGUGUGAUUAUUAAACAAAGAAUGAUUAAAAGAUUGAAAAAAUUAAAACAAACUUCAACAUUGUCGUCAUCAACUAUUGAUGAUAAAAAUUCAGGUAUGAAUUUAAUUUUUAUCAGAUUUGAAGUUACAUGA